GAAGAAGAAGAAGGAGAAGAAGAAGAAGAAGAAGAAGAAGAACAACAACACGUUUGUGCUCAUAGACAAGUUUCCACUCGGACAUAUUUCGGUAAACACGAUUUAGUUCACGUGGGGCAUAACAACGUUUUAGGGCAGGGGAAGGCUCAUCUCGGCUGCGGGUAAAAGAUUAAAAUGCCAAAGAAAAGCACAGCAAAGAGUGUAAAGAGAGGAAGCAGUGAUAAUGAUGAGCAGCUCCCUCCUAAACAGAGCAGGUUAAAGCACAGUGACAUCCCAUCACCCCUGUGCUUCAACAGCCCUGUCAGCCUGUUCGAGAGCCUCAUCCAGCCCAUGGGUACAGAACAGUUCUUUAGGGAGUACUGGGAGAAGAAACCCCUCCAUCUCCAGAGAUCUGAUCCCAGCACAGCCUCCUACUACCAGUCUUUGUUCCAGCUGUCUGACCUGCAGAGCCUGUGCUCCAACAAUCUGGAAUACUACAGGGACAUCAACGUUGUUCGCUGCAUCAAUGGCAAGAAAAAGGUGCUCAACAAGCAGGGGCAAGUUAAGAACAGUGCACUCUGUAAAAACUUUGUUCAGAAUAAAGCCACCAUCCAGUUCCACCAGCCCCAGAGGUUCAAGGAUGAGUUGUGGAAGAUCCAGGAAAAGCUGGAGUGUUUCUUCGGAGCCUUGGUGGGCUCUAAUGUCUACAUCACACCACAGGAGUCCCAGGGCCUUCCACCUCACUAUGAUGAUGUUGAGGUAUUUAUCCUGCAGCUGGAGGGACAGAAACAUUGGCGUCUCUAUAGUCCCACUGUUCCGCUGGCAGCAGAGUACAGCGUGGAGUCAGAGGAGAGGAUUGGCAGCCCAACCCAUGAUAUCGUACUGAAGGCAGGAGAUCUUCUGUACUUUCCCAGAGGAACCAUUCAUCAAGCAGAGACACCCGCAGGAGUGGACCACUCCACCCACUUGACUCUCAGCACCUACCAGAGAAUGUCACUGGGAGAUUUGCUGUUGGACAUAUUUCCUAGCUUGCUGUGUGACCGCAGCAAGAGUGAAGUCAGCCUGAGACAGGGCAUACCCAGAAGACUCUUACUGGGUAAUAGUGAAGGCUUGGACACCGCCAGGCUGCUAGCCGCUAGAUUCAGAUCUCUGGCUGAUGAAAUGGAAACAGGGAUGCAGGAAGUGACCUCCACUCACAUGAAGAGAGACUUCAUCAUGAACAGACUGCCACCGUACAGCCAGCAGGAGCUGCUUACACCAUCUGGGAAGAUUCCUGCCUUAGAUGCAUAUUAUCAUGCAUCCCUACAAUUAAGUGAAAUGGUCUUCUUAGAAAUUAAGGCAAUCAAUGUUGGCUGUGUAAGGCUGAGUGGUGGUUCAACAUAGGCUGCCUUUACACUACCAUGUCUUGAUGCCCAAUUCCGAUUUGUUGCCUAUAUCCAAUUUUUCCUGACUGCUGUUUACAUGUUGUAUUCACCUUAUUUUUCACGGAGACACGGAGGCAAAACAGAACGCAGCCAGUUUCCGUUUUUUUUGUGCGACACUUCCAGUCCAGCACUCUUGACCACUGUGUAAAUGUCCCACGGUAUUUGCUAUAGUGACAUUACUGCGCGCAUGGAAAUGUUUAUGUUACUGAAAGCAAUUUUAAGGACUAACUUUAAAUAUUUGAAGUUUAUCGUUAAAGAAUAAAUCACCUGGAAAGCUGCCGCUGCUCCACAUAAUUUAAAAGGUAACUUAGCCUACACAAAGCAGUGGAAAUGUCCGUGCAGCUGCAGACGGGUGCGGCUGGAUGAUUGAUGCAUACAUGCUGAUUCGGGUGCUAUCAGAGCCGAUCCGUGCAUCACUAUGGCUUAAUAAUCAACUCAGUCAAUAAAAACAACCCGUCCUGUGUUAGGAGUGUAUGUCGCUGACAGAAAAAAAAGAAAGAAAAAUAAAAAAAAGAUAGAAAAGCAGCGUACACCUCACAUAUUUAUUUCUCACAGUUGCGCACACGUUUGGCUGGCAAGCAGAAGCACCGUCUGUGUGUCUGUGUGUCGAGGGUGCGAGCCACAGCUUCAGCUGCUCAGGUAGAGAGGCUGUGUAGCCCAGUGUGUUUUUUUGCUGAUUUGGUUCUGCAGGUUCUCUGCUGGUACACUGGAGACGGGGAUCAAGCAGUUUGUCUCACUCGGGAUAGAUUGUGCUUUUUUUGGUUCAUAGUGUUCGAUUAAUGUGCAAUUUAUUCGGCUUUCCUUCCUUUCCCUCGCUCAUGAGCACGUCAUCAAAAUGUGCUGUCGUCGCAUUAUUCAUGACAUACGACAUGGAUUGCCAGGAAAUAUCCGAUCUGUCUGUUUAGAUUACAGACCUAUCUGACAAUAUCCGAUAUCAUGCGUUUUUUUUCCUGUUUACACGUUCAUGUUAUAGAUCCAAUCUGUGCCACUUGAGAGGAAAAAAUCGGAAUUGGGUCACAUGAACCAUGUAGUGUAAAGUAGGCUAUAGAGACUGGGUGACUGAAAUACUUUGACCUAGAACAUAGUUUGAGUGUAACAUUUGUCCAGAUUGUUUGGAUAGGCCCACAGAGUCAGGUGGCAUGCUAAUAAUCUGUGGUGAUUUGUGUAAAGAGUGUGCAAAUGUCAUUAUCUGCAAAUCCCUUUUGUGUUAUUUUGUGUGUGUGUGUGUGUGUGUGUGUGUGUGUGUGUGUGUGUGUGUGU